CUAUUAUUAUUGUUUUUUGCUAUAAACGUAAUCAAUUGUCGUAAGCAAUUAGAUGAAUUUAAUUAUGAAAAUUUGACCAUGGUCACUGAUAAAAUUAUGGAAACCAUGGUUGUCGACAAACAAAAUAUCAUCAAUAGCAAUUUUAUGCAAAUCUAUCAAAAUUGUAAAAAUGAUCAAUAUUGUUCAACUAUGCUAACAGAAUCAACUAGAUGCUUACUAAAUCAAAAAAUCAACAUGGACGAUUUUGACAACAAUUUAACAGUUGAUAGAAAAUGCUGUACAAUUGCAUUAUGGUAUGAUUGUAUUAUUAAUAUUGUUGACAAGCAAUCAACAAGUACCUGUUUUGACAAUGUAAUUGAGAUUAUUAAAAACGAGAUAGAUAAUUUGAAUAAAAAUGAUUGUUACAUUUAUCAAAUUAAUACUCAUAAUGAUAAUUGUGGUCAAGUUUAUACAGCUAUGAAACAAUUUAGAAUAAAAACAAAAGAUAUACCUUUACCACCAACUAUACCGACAACUAAGCCAAAAGAACCAACUAUACCGACAACUAAGCCAACAGAACCAACUAUACCGACAACUAAGCCAACAGAACCAACUAUACCGACAACUAAGCCAACAGAACCAACUAUACCGACAACUAAGCCAACAGAACCAACUAUACCGACAACUAAGCCAACAGAACCAACUAUACCGACAACUAAGCCAACAGAACCAACUAUACCGACAACUAAGCCAACAGAACCAACUAUACCGACAACUAAGCCAACAGAACCAACUAUACCGACAACUAAGCCAAAAGAACCAACUAUACCGACAACUAAGCCAACAGAACCAACUAUACCGACAACUAAGCCAACAGAACCAACUAUACCGACAACUAAGCCAACAGAACCAACUAUACCGACAACUAAGCCAACAGAACCAACUAUACCGACAACUAAGCCAACAGAACCAACUAUACCGACAACUAAGCCAACAGAACCAACUAUACCGACAACUAAGCCAACAGAACCAACUAUACCGACAACUAAGCCAACAGAACCAACUAUACCGACAACUAAGCCAACAGAACCAACUAUACCGACAACUAAGCCAACAGAACCAACUAUACCGACAACUAAGCCAACAGAACCAACUAUACCGACAACUAAGCAAACACCACCACCAACUAUACCGACAACUAAGCAAACACCGCCACCAACUAUGCCGACAACUAAGCAAACACCACCACCACCAACUAUACCGACAACUAAGCAAACACCGCCACCAACUAUACCGACAACUAAGCAAACACCGCCACCAACUAUACCGACAACUAAGCAAACACCGCCACCAACUAUGCCGACAACUAAGCAAACACCACCACCAACUAUACCGACAACUAAGCAAACACCGCCACCAACUAUACCGACAACUAAGCAAACACCGCCACCAACUAUACCGACAACUAAGCAAACACCGCCACCAACUAUGCCGACAACUAAGCAAACACCACCACCAACUAUACCGACAACUAAGCAAACACCGCCACCAACUAUACCGACAACUAAGCAAACACCGCCACCAACUAUACCGACAACUAAGCAAACACCGCCACCAACUAUGCCGACAACUAAGCAAACACCACCACCAACUAUACCGACAACUAAGCAAACACCGCCACCAACUAUACCGACAACUAAGCAAACACCGCCACCAACUAUACCGACAACUAAGCAAACACCGCCACCAACUAUGCCGACAACUAAGCAAACACCACCACCAACUAUACCGACAACUAAGCAAACACCGCCACCAACUAUACCGACAACUAAGCAAACACCGCCACCAACUAUACCGACAACUAAGCAAACACCACCACCACCUAUACCGACAACAAACGCUACAACUCCAUCACCAUCGCCUAUAACUACUGAAUCGCCAACUUCUAAACCAACAGAACUGUCGACAAUAACUUUAGAUCCUAUUAUUAGUACAACUUAUUCCGGUUCAAUCAAUCUUACAAUUAAUAUAAUUAUAUUAAUUAAUGCUGUACAAUUGCUCUAUGGUUUGAUUGUAUUAUGA